AUGUCUUCUUCACGGCGUGACAGCAACAGGAUCAUCAUCGCGGUCACCGGUGCGAAUGCUGGACUAGGACUAGGCUACUGUCACAGGAUCCUCAGGCAGCUCUCUACGGCUCCGACUGCUCCCCCACCGGAUGCCCUCGAACUACCGCUCGAACCGGGUCAUUCCCCUCGACGACUUGCUCUAAAGGACGCUUCUCUGUCGAACUUCGUCAACACUCAGCCUCCACCCACAUUGACCUUGAUUCUAGCCUGUCGAUCGAGACAAAGAGCCGAGGUGGCCAUCAAGCAGUUGAAGAAGCAACAUGAGCUGGGACUGAUCGGCAGGAAGAUGCGAGGUGCCGAAGAGAGGAAAGGAUGGCUGGAAGGGCUGGAGAUCGUCUUCGAAGAGCUGGACGUCGACCGUGUGGGGGGUCAAGGUGGAGUACUGGAUUUUGCAUCAAGGAUCCGAGACAAUUAUCCACAUCUCACCACACUCGUGCUCAACGCUGGGAUUGGUGCUUUCUUGGGCCUCGACUGGGCGGGAGCUAUGCGUCAAUUGAUGGUAGACCCUGUAGGCACCGUAUUGGAGCCUCAAUUCAUCCUGCAAGAGAUCGGAAGGAAGAGCGGAGACGGUCUACGAGGCGGGGUCUGGGGGGUGAACGUCCUGUCGACUUAUAUCCUGGCCAAAGAGCUUCGAUCUCACAUGGCCAAAUCGCCCGUAAACCUUCCUCUAUCGCCUCGUAUUAUUUACGUCACGUCAUCGCAAGGGAAAGCUAGCUUCCUCCCUCAACCGCCGUCGAGCGACAAACAGCUCAUUCAGUUGGAGGAGAGUUACGGAGCCAGCAAAUACAUGGGGAGUAUCGUGACUUCCCACCUGGAUGCCGAAUUUAGCCAAACCGAGGCAUUGCCCCAGGUUGACCAGAACUCCGAUGAGGAUGUGGGAGAGAGAAAGGUCAGGGUCUUGAGGCUGGACCCAGGAGUCGUGCACACGGGCAUGUUCGCUCAAUGGCUUCCUUUCUUCAUGGAAUGGCUCAUGGUGAUUACGCUGCAUUUUGUAAGUGCACCUUGGGACGUCCUUCAGAAGAGUAUUAGAAGCUGA